GUGCUUUUGGGAUUCCUGUUUAUCUCCCUUUAUUUUGAGCAGAGGAAAUGGGUUUUAUUUAACAUUCCCUUAGACCCAGAGUUACACCCUUGCUGCUCCUUCUACUGGGAAUUUAAAUCCUCCAUGGAGUAGUUUGCUCCUGUGGGAUUUUCUAAUCAAUGCACCCUAUGGAUGCACAACUUGCAAAAUCAUUUGGGGAAGUUACCUCAAUUUUUCUGAGAAUUUUAUGGAAGUUAUCCCUGGGUUUCCAAGGAAAGGAAAGGGAAAUUAUUCUUACAAAGCUCAGAUCUGGGAAUGGAAAGUUAAAAAUUGUGGAAUGCUGGGAGAAAAUGGUUUUACUGCCCUUCUGCACGUGGAGGAGAGUUUGAGCUUGGUGUUUGAUUGGCCUCCCCUCAAAACAGCCCAUCUUUAAUAUCCCUAUGUAAGCUCAUAGAUUUUCAACCUAAAUCUUCACAGUUUGAGAAGUUUAUUUCAAAUUAAUAAUUCAAGAGGAAAUGUUAUCACCUGGACUUGUCCCAGCAGGGCUUGAGGAGCAGAAGUAGAACCACAGCAAGGCAUAGUUAGCUGUCCAGAGCUGGUGCAACAUCUGAGAGAGAAAAAUUUUGAUGAGUUUUCAAAGCAUCUGAGGGGACUUGUGAACCUGUAUAAGCUGCCAGGGGACAACAAACUUAAAACUAAAAUGUACUUGGCUCUGCAGUCCUUGGAGUUGGAUCUCCAAAAGAUGGCUGGGAUGUAUUGGCAAGCCACCAACGCAAACCCCCUGGACAAAAUCCUCCAUGGCAGUGUUGGCUAUCUCACCCCCAGGAGUGGAGGUCUCCUGAUGAACCUCAAAUAUUACGUCUCCCCCUAUGAUUUAUUUGAGGAUGGCACUGGAGCCCCCAUGGUUUUGCACGAGAACAACGUUCCUCGCUCGCUGGGUAUGAACGUGUCGGUGACAGUCGAGGGAACCAUGGCAAUGCACAAACUUCCAAUUGCUCCCCUGAUCAUGGGCUCCCAUCCUGUGGACAGCAAAGGAACUCCGUCUUUCUCCUCGAUCACCAGUGCCAACAGCGUGGACUUGCCCGCUUGUUUCUUCCUGAAAUUCCCACGUCCCAUUCCAGUGUCUCGAGCUUUCAUCCAGAAGCUGCAGAGCUGCACAGGUAUCCCACUGUUCGACACACCAGCCACGUUUGUGCCCCUGUAUGAGCUGAUCACACAGUUUGAGCUGUCCAAGGAGGCUGAUCCCCUGCCCCUGAACCACAACAUGCGCUUCUACGCCGCUCUUCCAGGACAGCAGCACUGUUACUUCCUGAACAAAGAUGCUCCUCUCCCGGAUGGACGAAGCCUCCAGGGAACUCUGAUCAGCAAAAUUGCUUUCCAGCACCCCGGCCGGGUGCCCCUCAUCCUCAACUUGAUCCGGCACCAGGUGGCCUACAACACCCUCAUCGGCAGCUGUGUCAAGAGGACAGUCCUGAAGGAAGAUUCUCCUGGGAUCCUGCAGUUUGAAGUUUGUCCUCUCUCUGACUCCUGUUUCAGUGUAUCCUUCCAGCACCCUGUGAACGACUCCCUGGUGUGUGUGGUGAUGGACGUGCAGGACUCCAGCCAUGUGAACUGUAAGCUCUACAAAGGGCUGUCUGAUGCCCUCAUCUGUACAGAUGAUUUCAUUGCCAAGGUUGUUCAAAGGUGCAUGUCCAUCCCUGUCACCAUGAGAGCCAUCCGUAGGAAAGCAGAAACCAUCCAAGCUGACACGCCAGCCCUGUCCCUCAUUGCAGAGACUGUUGAAGACAUGGUGAAGAAAAACCUGCCCCCAGCCAGCAGCCCAGGGUAUGGCAUGACCACAGGCAGCAACCCAAUGAGUGGGACCACCACCCCGACCAACACUUUUCCUGGGGGGCCCAUCACUACUCUGUUUAACAUGAGCAUAAGCAUGAAAGAGAGGCAUGACUCGGUGGGCCAUGGGGAGGACUUCAGCAAAGUGUCUCAGAACCCUAUUCUCACUAGUUUGUUGCAGAUCACAGGGAAUGUGGGGUCUACCAUUGGCUCAAGUCCAACCCCCCCCCACCACACACCACCACCAGUAUCCUCACCAGCCAGCAACACCAAGAACCACCCCAUGCUCAUGAACCUUCUUAAGGAGAAUCCCCCUCAGGAUUUCUCCACUCUGUAUGGGAGCAGCCCUCUGGAAAGGCAGAACUCUUCCUCUGGCUCCCCCAGAAUGGAAAUGGGCCCUGGGGGGAAUAAACAAAAGAAAAAAAAAUCCCGCAUGCCAGCCGACAAGCCCAAGCACCAGACUGAGGAUGAUUUCCAGAGGGAGCUCUUUUCCAUGGAUGUUGACUCCCAGAACCCCAUUUUUGAUGUCAACAUGACUGCAGACACCCUGGACACCCCUCAUAUUACUCCAGCACCCAGCCAGUGCAGCACUCCUCCUACCACCUACCCCCAGGCGCUCCCCCACGCCCAGCCCAGUAUCCAGAGGAUGGUUCGCCUGUCCAGCUCGGACAGCAUCGGGGCCGAUGUCACCGACAUCCUCUCGGAUAUAGCAGAGGAGGCUUCCAAGCUGCCCACCAGUACCGAGGACUGCCCACCCAUUGGGACUCCAGUCAGAGACUCUUCUAGUUCAGGACAUUCACAAAGUGCCCUCUUUGACCCCGAUGUUUUUCAGACCAACAGUAGUGAGAACCCCUACACAGACCCCGCAGACCUGAUCGCGGACGCCGCUGUGAGCCCCAACAGCGACUCCUCCAACCAUUUUUUUCCAGACGGGGUAGAUUUCAACCCUGACUUGCUGAACAGUCAGAGCCAGAGUGGUUUUGGGGAGGAAUACUUUGAUGAGAGCAGUCAGAGCGGAGACACUGAUGAUUUCAAGGGCUAUGCACCCCAGGCUCUAACUAAUUUGGGGGUGCAAGUCUUGGGGGCUGAUGGGGGGGAAAAUAAAUUUAAGGGGAGCACUCCGUCCGAUACGGUGGAUUUUAGUAUUAUUGCAGCUGCCAGCAAAGCACUGGGGUCCUCUGACAUCAUGGAGCACCACAGUGGAGGUCAGAGCCCUUUGCUGAACACAGGGGAUUUAGGAAAAGAGAAGUCUCAGAAACGGGUAAAGGAAGGCAAUGGGUCUGGAAGUGCCAUGGCAGGUGCUGGGAUAGAUGGGAAGCCAGGGAAGCGCAGCCGGACGCCAUCCAGUGAUGGCAAAAGCAAAGAGAAACUUCCAAAGCGGAAGAAGCAGGAGACGGAUGGGAAAUCUCCGUCCCACAGUUCAUCCAACAGGCCCUUCACGCCACCAGCAAGCACAGGUGGGUCCAAAUCUCCGGGGAGUUCGGGCAGAUCCCAGACUCCUCCCGGGGUAGCUACUCCUCCUAUUCCAAAAAUAACCAUUCAGAUCCCAAAAGGAACAGUGACUGUUGGCAAACCAUCUUCACACGGCCAGUACACGAGUAGUGGUUCUGUCACCUCCUCCAGCAGCAAAAGCCAUCAUAGCCAUUCUUCCUCCUCCUCCUCUUCUUCCUCCUCUUCAACCUCAGGCAAAAUUAAAAGCAAAUCAGAAGGGUCUUCUGGCUCAAAGAUGAGCAGCAGCCUCUACUCCAGCCAAGGCGGCUCCGGGUCGGGUCAGUCCAAGGGCUCGGCCCAGUCGGUGGGAAAGCCGGGAUCCUCCCCCAUCACCAAGCACGGCCUCAGCACCAGCUCUGGCAGCACCAAGAUGAAACCUCAAGGAAAGCCAUCGUCCCUCAUGAACCCUUCCAUGAGCAAACCAAACAUCUCCCCGUCCCACUCGAGACCCUCAGGGGGUUCUGACAAACUCGCCUCUCCCAUGAAACCUGUCCCGGGUACUCCCCCGUCGUCUAAAGCGAAGUCACCCAUCAGUUCAGGUUCUGGUGGGUCCCACAUGUCUGGGACUGGAUCGAGCUCGAGCAUGAAAUCGUCUUCAGGAAUGGGAUCCUCCGGGUCUAUGUCACAGAAACCGCCUCCCUCGUCCAAUUCCUCCACGGCAUCUUCAUCUUCCUUUUCAUCCAGUGGGUCUUCCAUGUCUUCAUCCCAGAACCAGCAUGGAAGCUCCAAAGGCAAGUCCCCGAGCAGAAACAAGAAGCCAUCGCUGACCGCGGUCAUAGACAAGCUGAAGCACGGGGUGGUCACGAGCGGGCCUGGCGGAGACGACCCCAUGGAUGGACAGAUGGGGCCGAGUUCCAAUUCCUCAAGCCAUACAAUGUCCUCCAAACACAACAUGUCUGGAGGGGAGUUCCAGGGAAAGCGGGAGAAGAGCGACAAGGAGAAAUCGAAGGUCUCUGUUUCUGGAGGAUCCGUUGACUCUUCCAAGAAGAACUCGGAUUCCAAAAACGUUGGAAGCACUGGAGUGGCCAAAAUUAUCAUCAGCAAACACGAUGGUGGUUCCCCCAGCAUUAAAGCCAAAGUAACUCUGCAGAAGCCCGGGGAAGGGGGCGGGGACGGCCUGAGGCCUCAGAUGGCUUCUUCCAAAAGCUACGGAUCGCCCCUGAUCAGCGGUUCCACCCCCAAACACGAGCGCUGCUCCCCCAGCCACAGCAAAUCCCCGGCCUACACCCCCCAGAACAUCGACAGCGAGAGCGAGUCGGGCUCCUCCAUCGCCGAGAAAUCCUACCAGAACAGCCCCAGCUCCGACGAUGGCAUCCGGCCCCUGCCCGAGUACAGCGCCGAGAAGCACAAGAAGCACAAAAAGGAGAAGAAAAAAGUGAAAGACAAAGACCGGGACAGAGAGCGGGACCGGGAUAAGGACAGGGACAAGAAGAAGUCCCACGGCAUGAAGCCCGAGAGCUGGUCCAAGUCUCCGAUCUCGGCGGAUCAGUCUCUGUCCAUGGCGAGCAACGCGAUCCUCUCGGCCGAGCGGCCGUCCCGCGCCAGCCCCGAGUUCCUGAUCGGGGAGGAAGAUGAUGAUCUCAUGGAUGUUGCUCUAAUUGGCAAUUAAUUCUCCCAGAUGAGCUGUCUGCAGGUCCUGGAGGGAAGGAAGGAAGGAUUCAUCUCAAACCUGCCACACGGAUCUUCACGGGGUGUGUUUGGAGAGGGGGAAAAAAUAAGUAUUUCCGAGGUAUUUCCAAGAUUUUCAGACCACCAAGGUCUGUGCAGGAGGAUGUGAGUGCCAGCACCUAGGUCCCUUCCCUGCCUGUGGCCCUCAUCCUGUGGGCACUUCCAUUCUUCCUGAAUUUAUGAGUAUUACCAUCCCUGUCGGAGUUAACGGGGAUGAAGCCGAGUGUGGGAAAGUGGGAGCAGCUCCCAGAUGGGGCAAACAGACAUAGGCUGGUCUGGGAGAUCCCAGUCCCUCUGCCCUCUUCCUAUUCAGGAUAAGCUCCUUUUGGAUGUAGGAAGUUUUAAAGUAAUUAUUUUAGGAAGUGUUUUAAAGCUGGGUUUUAAUUCUUUGGAAGAAGGAAAACCACGAGGUUUUUAAUUUAUUUUAUUCCCACGGCAUUCCUUCAUUCAGUGCCCAGCUUAGCACGGUGCCUCUGGCACGAGCUGGGCACUGUUUCCUCAUGGAAAUCAGGAUUUUAUCCCGGGUCACAGCUCUGAGGGAUUGCUGCUGCCUUGGGUUUGCCUACCCAUGUGUUUUAGCUAUUUAUUCACCUCCAUGUGGGAGCACCCUCGUGCUCCUUGUUUUCCCUCAGCGGGAAUUGGGUAGAGCCCGUGGGUUUGGGUGGCUCUGCAGCCUUGGUGACAUUCCAGCAGGGUGAAAUUCCAGCAAAUCUCAAUGGAAAGGGGACUCCUGCCUGCACCAACAAGCUUCCCUGGAAUCUCCUCGUGCUGCUGAGCUGGGAAUUGUGGUCACACACAGGGGUGCUGCCCUGGGAAGGACUGUCCAGCUAAGGGAGCUGUGUCCUGCUUGGAAAACAGUCCCAGAGUGGCUCAGCUGGGCUCAGGGUUGCAGCACAAGUGUUGAUUUCCUUAAAAGAUGGAUUUUCCCCUUUUGGCUGGAAUUAGGAGCAUGACUCAGGCAUCCUCUCCGGGCUGAUCUUGUGGUCCCUGAAAGGAAAAGAGACUCAGGAGAGUGUUUUAUUUUUAAAAGCAGUUUCAUCUGAUUCACUGAAGAGGAAUGUGGGAAACCAGGAGUUC